AUGGGAAGAGUCGGACGAGUCGGAAGAGUCCCAAAAUUAGCGGCAGCUGCUUCAAGCGGAAAACCACCGCCGGAGUUCCAUCCUCGGCUUCGCCAACAUCAAACGCUGGUAGCCCGAGAAGUGCAAACGCAGAGUGGACGCGCAGCGAGCCCACAGCCGCUGGCACAGCCGCUGGCGCGGCCGCUGGCACAGCCGCUGGCACAGCCGCUGGCACAGCCGCUGGCACAGCCGCUGGCACAGCCGCUGGCACAGCCGCUGGCACAGCCGCUGGCACAGCCGCUGGCACAGCCGCUGGCACAGCCGCUGGCACAGCCGCUGGCACAGCCGCUGGCACAGCCGCUGGCACAGCCGCUGUGCCCUUACGUCCUCGGAACACUCGAAGGACCUUCAAACCUCCGAGGCGUGGCGAUGUCCCUCUCGAAGUCAGGAAUGAUGCAGGCAGAGCAGCAUGUGGUCGUUGGACCUUGUCUCCGCGCUGCCGGUGCUCUGCAGCUGACGCACUGCGAGGCCUGUGAGGCCUGUGAGGCCUGCACGCACACACCGCCCGUCCUGCUCACGCCCACGGCAGGGCAUGUGCCCGACGCGCCCUGCUUCCACUUUCAGUUGAGCGCUGACGGGCGCAAGAGUCAGAAUUUCCGGAUGCUGAAAAGGGACUCACUACUGCUGCCUUGGCCGCGAUGCUCUGGAUGCUCCAGAUGCUCUGGAUGCUUCGGAGUAGAAGGAGACAGAUGA